UGUGUCAGGUGGGUCUGAAGGUCAGGAAUGCUUCCCAGGGAGGCUCUCCCAGGAGAGGACAAAGCAGAGGACUGUGGACUUAGCUGGGGGCACACCGGCCUGCUCUGCGGUGCUAGACAGGACAGUGGACAGAAAGGAAGAGACGUCCCCAGCCCCUAGGGGCACCUCGCCAGCAGCUCUCAAAACCAGUGAAAUUUGGGGAGGUUGUUGACCUCUAGUCACUCCGUUGAAAAACAGUUGGAUCUAUUUCCAUGGAGACCAAGGAAUCUGAAGAUUUGGAAAAGACCCGGAGGAAAUCAGUGCGUGGUUCAUGGAAAAUUGAUGAUGAAUCAGCCAAGGUGAGGCCUGAGUCACUGUCAGAAAGAGAGGAGACUUCCUAUGCUGACCAGGAGAGCCAAGAGAAAGAACCCCAUUUCAGCAACCGGAUUCAGAGAAGCUCUAUCUUCAACCGUGCCGUGAGACGCAGGAGCAAAGCCAACGCCAGAGACACCCAUGUCAGGAAUGCCAGCUGCCUGGCAGAUUCACAGGAAAAUGGAAAACCUGUAAAUGAGCCCCCGACCUUGAAUGUCUCCCAGAGCAGAAUGCCUCCCCGGAGAGCAUCAAGGCAGGCGGGCCCAGAAGCCCAGAGAACCAGCCUGUCGUCCUCCACCCCGGGAAAUGGGACCACGCCCGAGGAGUGCCCGGCCCUGGCCGACAGCCCCACCACGCUCACCGAGGCCCUGCAGAUGAUCCAUCCCAUCCCCGCCGACUCCUGGAGAAACCUCAUUGAACAAAUAGGGCUCCUGUAUCAGGAAUACCGAGAUAAAUCAACUCUCCAGGAAAUCGAAACCAGGAGACAACAGGAUGCAGAGAUACAAGCCAAUGCCGAUGGGUCCCCGGCCAUCGAGGACACUCCAGAGGAGGAGGAGGAGGAGGAGGAGGAGGAAGAGGAGGAGCUGCCAAGCCCACCCGAGAGGAAGGCUCUGCCUCAGAUCUGCCUGCUCAGCAACCCUCACUCGAGGUUUAACCUCUGGCAGGAUCUGCCUGAAAUCCAGAGCAGCGGGGUGCUGGAGAUCCUGCAGCCCGAGGAGAUCAGACUGCAGGAGGCCAUGUUCGAGCUGGUCACCUCCGAGGCCUCCUACUACAAGAGCCUGAACCUGCUCGUGUCGCACUUCAUGGAGAACGAGCGGCUGAAGAAGAUCCUGCACCCGUCCGAGGCGCACAUCCUCUUCUCCAACGUCCUGGACGUCCUGGCCGUCAGUGAGCGGUUUCUCUUGGAACUGGAGCACCGGAUGGAGGAGAACAUUGUCAUCUCCGACGUGUGCGACAUCGUGUACCAUUACGCGGCCAACCACUUCUCCGUCUACAUCACCUACGUCAGCAACCAGACCUACCAGGAGAGGACGUGCAAGCAGCUGCUCCAGGAGAAGGCGGCUUUUCGGGAGCUGAUCACGCAGCUGGAGCUCGACCCCAAGUGCAAGGGGCUGCCCUUCUCCUCCUUCCUCAUCCUGCCCUUCCAGAGGAUCACGCGCCUCAAGCUGCUGGUGCAGAACAUCCUGAAGCGGGUGGAAGAAAGGUCGGAGCGCGAGUGCACUGCCUUGGAUGCCCACAGGGAGCUGGAAAUGGUGGUGAAGGCAUGCAAUGAGGGCGUCAGGAAGAUGAGCCGCACGGAGCAGAUGAUCAGCAUCCAGAAGAAGAUGGAGUUUAAGAUCAAGUCCGUGCCCAUCAUCUCCCACUCCCGCUGGCUGCUGAAGCAGGGCGAGCUGCAGCAGAUGUCGGGCCCCAAGACCUCACGGACCCUGCGGACCAAGAAGCUCUUCCGAGAAAUUUACCUCUUUCUCUUCAACGACCUGCUGGUGAUCUGCCGGCAGAUCCCCGGAGACAAGUACCAGGUGUUUGACUCGGCCCCGAGGGGCCUGCUCCGCGUGGAGGAGCUGGAGGACCAGGGCCAGACGCUGGCCAACGUGUUCAUCCUGCGGCUGCUGGAGAACGCGGACGACCGGGAGGCCACCUACAUGCUGAAAGCAUCCUCUCAGAGUGAGAUGAAGCGUUGGAUGACGUCGCUGGCCCCCAACAGGAGGACUAAGUUCGUUUCGUUCACGUCCCGGCUGCUGGACUGCCCCCAGGUCCAGUGUGUGCACCCGUACGUGGCCCAGCAGCCGGACGAGCUGACGCUGGACCUCGCUGACAUCCUCAACAUCCUGGAAAAGACUGAGGACGGGUGGAUCUUUGGUGAGCGUCUGCAUGACCAGGAGAGAGGCUGGUUCCCCAGCUCCAUGACUGAGGAGAUCUUGAACCCCAAGAUCCGGUCCCAGAACCUCAAGGAAUGUUUCCGCGUCCACAAGAUGGAUGACCCUCAGCGCAGCCAGAACAAGGACCGCAGGAAGCUGGGCAGCCGAAAUCGGCAAUGACCCCUGCCAGGGGCGCCACCUGGCCCGGGCUGUGGGCAGGCGGGGGCGGGGCCUGGCAAGCGACCCCAGUGGACGGCGGAGGACUCGGGGGAAGGACAGGUCAGUGCCUCCCCAGGCAGUGGGAUGGGGCUCGGGGGGCCAGCCCUCCUCCUGCCCAUGCCGUGAGUGCUCGUGUGUCUCGGCCCCUCGCUCGCAAGCUGGACGAAGGCUGCCGCGUCUCCUGAUGUGUGUGCACACGAGAACAAAGUGUAUUUUAGGCAGUGUUACCCCACCUCUCUCCUCUCUUAGAGGAGGUGGAAGGGAGUGGGCAGGGACUGGGAGAGGCCCCAGACCCAAGGUGUCCCUAGUGGGGGGCAGGCAGACGGUGAGGCUUGUCCUGAUCCCCUGCACGCGUCCUCCUCUACCUUGGAAGCUGUCAGCAUCUACCAGGCGCACAGAGGGGCCGCCCUCUCCUGAAGGAGCUUGACGAGUGGCCCUUGGUCUCCGAUUCACAGCACCGAGAGCCCAGCCACCUCUGUCCACCCCUCCCGUGCCUCGGCCGGCCUCUGGCUGCACGGCCAGGCCCUGCUCCACGGCAGGCCCCCAGAGCUUGGCUGAGGGCCCAUGCCACCUCGGGCUCCCCAAUGGGCUGGACAUAACUUGUGUCUUCUGGCCCCUGAAGGAGCCUAGGUGUUUUAAGGAAUGACUUGGUCACUGCAUCUUACAUUGGUUAUGGUUCUGAGAAGAGCAAAUAUCACUUUUGGCUGCAUUAAAAGAAGCAUCAUGUAUAAAAUAAA